AUGGCGCCUGGCACACGGCACAGAAGCCUUGCUGGCUCUGAGGGGCAGCACAUGAACAGACUGGAGAUGUUUGCCCUCAUCUUGAAUGUGCUUCUCUGCUGCCCCUGUGCCCAUGCUAUCUGGGCAUGUGUCCGCACCUGUCCAACUGGCUGCACCUGCACUCACGAGCGCAGCUGCUCUGUGCUGUGUGACAGGACGGGCCUCCUGCAGAUCCCCAGUGAAUUCCCCUGUGAAGCCUCCUUCAUCAACCUGGAUAAGAACGGCAUCAAAUUCCUGGCAGAGCGGGCCUUUGGCACCCUGCCCUCCCUCCAACACCUGUCUCUGAGUCACAACAAUAUUUCUUUCAUCACUCCAGGGGCCUUCAAGGGGUUGCCCAACCUAGUGGAGCUAAGGAUUGCCUACAAUGAGGACAUCCGCUACCUGCACACGAGGACUUUUGCUGCCCUCCGACGCCUGGUCAGGCUGGACUUGGCAGGCUGCCAUCUGUUCAGCAUCCCUGACCGCAUCUUUGUGGACCUCCCUGCCUUGCAGGAGCUCUCCUGCUUCCAGAACCACUUCCGUCGGGUGCCCGGGGCCAUCAGGGGGAUGGAGAACCUGACCCAUCUCUACCUGGAACGAAACUGGAUCGAGGCCAUCGCCUACAACUCGCUGCAGGGCCUAGGCCGGCUGUGCUCUCUGAGUCUGCAAGACAACAGGAUCAGUGUGGUGCAUGCAGGGGCAUUCCAGGACUGCCAGAGGAUGGAGUACCUCUACCUGAACGACAACCUCCUCCAUGGCCUCCCGGGGAGCUCCUUUGAGGGCCUGGGCCACCUAAAGAUGCUCAACCUUGGGGGCAACUCCCUGAGCCACGUGUCCAGGGCCUGGUUCCGUGACCUGGUGGAGUUGGAAGUGCUCUACCUGGACAGGAACAGGAUACAGUACAUUGAAGAAGGGGCCUUUGAGAACCUCACCAGCCUUGUGGCCCUGCACCUCAACAGCAACAGCCUCACCCUGCUGCCCUUCUCUGUCUUCCAGCCAGUCUACUUUCUGGGCCGUCUGUACUUGUUUCGGAACCCUUGGCAUUGCGACUGCCAGAUGGAGUGGCUCAAGGAAUGGAUGGAGAGCUACGGUCUUGUCAGGGACGUCACCUGCGCCUCCCCAUCCUCUGUGGCGAGCGGAGACUUGAGCACAGUUGACUUUCACCGAUCCCAUGAGGGGCUUUGCCUGGACCCUGAGGAACUGAACUUCACCACCCCCAGCGAGGCCCCUUGGGAAGGGCCUCCCUCGGCCACUGAGAGCAAGUUUAGUAGCCUCAUCUCCAAGCUCCUGUCCCCAAGGGCUCCACCAGAGGAGAUGACGAAUGGCACUGAGGCCUUGGUCAACAGCUCUCUGCUGGACAGCCUUUCCUCAGGCCUGGAAGGAAGGUGGGGAAACAAGGCCUUCUCAUUUUGGGCCUCUCUUCACCUAUUUCUCUGUGACAUAGUGACAAGACUGAAUGUGGAGUGAGUUCACAAGGCAUCGUGG